GGAAGCUAAGUAUUCAAUAUGGCGGACUGAACUUACUCGUUAAAUAAGUUCAUCGAAAAAUUCUGAGUGUUUUUGUCGCACAUAACCAUUUGACGAGUAUGGCCGAACGAUCGUCCAGUACAGCGUCUGUCCCACAUGAGAUCAAGGCAAAAUUAAUCGAGCUGGACCAGGAAUUAGCAGAAGGUGAUAUCACACGCAAAGGGUAUGAAAAGAGAAAAGCAAAACUCUUAGCCCCUUUUAUAGUGAAACAACAACAACAAAGACAAAAACAACAACCUCAGCAACAACCUGCGAGUGUUGUUUCAGGUGGAAGAUCUGCACCACCUGGCGCCUACAAACUACCUUACCAUCGCGAUCGUCCGGAAGCUCCACGUCCUCACAAAUCACAGAAUAAACGUCGUCGAGACAGGCCAUCACAUAGAGACAAUGCUGAUAGAUACAGAUCAGAUGUUAGAGAAGAAGCAGUCCGAGAAGCCCUGGCAAGGCAGAAACAGAUUCAGCCAGCAGUCCCUAUGCCAUCCAAAAGAAGCUCAUUAAUGACCAAUAGUACGGCUGUAGAAACACCACCAGAUACCUCCACAGAUGAAGAAGACAGUCAAUCCAGUAGUCUACGAGGCCAUGGAAGUCAACCAUUUUUAGAAUAUUCACCAUCACUGGCCAGCAAUCGAAGUAGUUCAUCUAACUCCAGUCUUGGUGGAGCUGUAUCUGUUGGACCAUCACCAAGUCACAUGCCAAGACAUCAGUCACCAAAAGAUACACGUAGACAUCCUAAUGGUCAACCCACAGGCGUAUAUGUAUUACCACCAAGAACUAAAACUAAUAGCCUGGCAGAAACCACCACCGAUUCACCUACCCCAAGCCCAAAUAGUGAGUCUGGAAACUAUGUAUAGUACUGCAGCCACAGCACCCACCUCCUGAUGUCACAACAAACACUGGUGAUCGUUCUGCCAUUGAAAGGUCUCAUUCUCAUCUGCAGAGUGUUCGGGGAAAGGGUCCCAUUGGACAACAGCCUGGUAGG